AUGUCAGGCAUCUGCAUCAACGGCGUGUGCACAGACCUGGCCAAUGGCCGCUACCCAGACUGCUCUGCCUGCAGUAUGUACUAUGUGUGUUCCGACGGCCUGGUGACCAAGAACUCUGCCUGUCCCAGUGGUCUGUUCUUUGACGCCUCCAUACUCUCCUGUAACUUUAUAGCGGAUGCCACAUGCUCAACUACUUCAGCUGCCUCGCAGACCUCUGUGGUGUCGCUUACGUCAAUGGUAAGCGGGAGUCCGUCUGCAACUUCGGCAACAUCAGUGACGUCAGAACAGUCCGUGACCUCCAAGAGUUCACCAUCCUCGCCAACUUCGCAAUCGUCCUUGACCUCUGAGACCUCCCAGCAAUCUGUGACGUCGGGAAGCUCCGGGACGAGUGUGACGUCAGCGACCAGCGUCACGUCUGAUGCUAGCGUCACUUCCGGGACGUCUGCAACCUCGAGGUCAGGAAGUCCGUCUGCCACAAGCACUGCAAUCUUCUGCUUGACUGAUGGGACAACCAGUGCCACGUCAUUCACGUCUGCCAGCACCACGGCAACUUCCGCAACGUCCCCUGUUUCUGACCUGUCCGACACCUCACUGACGUCACUAACAUCUAUGACGUCAGAGGUCAGCAUUGAGGCCUUCUGCUUCUCCAGUCUGACGUCAGAGACAUCCGUGACGUCAGUACAGAGUGACCAAUCCGCGACGUCACAAUACUCGGACCAGUCCCAGACGAGCACGGCGCCAUAUUGUAUAAACAACUGUAACGGUUCCCCUGUCGGUUACUACGCUGAUUGCUCUAGCUGUGCCAGAUACUUUAUCUGUGGAGACGGCGGAUCGGAAACCAGCGACCAGAGUGACACAAGCCAGUCCAGCGAGUCCAGCCCCAGCAGUGAGACCAGUGCCAGCAGUGAGACCAGUGUGACAAGCGUACAAAGCGAGCAGAGCGCCACAAGCCUUGAAAGCCUCACAAGCGCCGCCAGCGUUACGAGCGACCAGCCUUUUUGUGUGAACAGUUGUGACAACGUGGAAUCAGGGACAUACGCUGAUUGCAGCUCAUGCAGUGACUACUACGUGUGCCUACCUGGCGAGUCCUCAGAGAUCCGUAGCUGUGAAAUGACUCUCUUCUUCAACCCGUCUACUUCAACCUGUGGUUUUUCGGCUGCCAAUUGCCAGACAACGUCUCUCACUAGCGUCACCUCAGAAGAGAGCUUGACCUCUGAGGGUAGUGGCGCGGGUUAGCAACCUGGCGGCAUGACGUCAUCGACAUGACGUCACUGGUUUUCGCAGUUAGAAGAAGACAAAAAAGCUAUUUGUGUUACAAUGUUUAUCAAUUAUAAUCAAAUACAAAAGAACGUCUUAAUUAUUCUUGAUUGUUGCUGUCACGGGACUUAUAUGACCUUAUUGUGUUGCAAGUGCGUAAAAAACUUACUAAAACUAACUGUUGCUGUCAGGCGGGGAGACAGAUAGCUGAAAUCGGCUGUCUUAUUAUGUUUAGUAUAAUAUAUUACUAACAAGCAGCAGACGUACACGCUUUGCGCGAGUAUAUUUGUAUGUAAUAUGAAGCUUAUUAUGUUUAUCGUAAUCUUCCUUCUCUUAAAAAGUAGCCACUUUCAAAACCAGAUGUGCACACUGAAAACAGAUACACACACAGAGGGGCGUGCUCAUACACA